UUUGACGUUUAAAGGUGUGCAGCGCACACCACAAUCGCGAAUAUUAUUAUUUUUUUCCGAAAUUUCUCCGCUGAUAGCAAGGCCACUCGAGCACAGUUAAUUUGCAGAGUUUCUUGUGUUCGGUUCUUCAGCAAACUUGUGCGUGCGACUUUUUGCCGGAUUUUUCCUAACCCCAAUCCCAACCAUGCUGCUCCGAUAUCUUGCUUCCACCGGCAAACUCCUCCGCCACAAACCAAUCCCGUCGUUAGCACGCCAACUAUCCUCAACCCACCGAGAGAUCCCAGCGCUAACCAAGGAACGCUACCCGGUCCAGCGUGGCCAGUUCGCCGAAGUGACCAAUGGAGACAUUGCCAAAUUUGAGUCCAUCCUCGGCGGCAGCCGGGUUCUCACCCAAAGUGAGGACAUUCAGGGCUUCAACAUCGACUACCUGGGAAGUGUCCGCGGGUACAGUCGGGUGGUCCUGAAACCAAAGAGUACCGGUGAAGUAGCGGAGAUAAUGAGGUACUGCAACGAGCGGAGGUUGGCAGUUUGUCCUCAGGGUGGCAACACUGGUCUGGUCGGCGGAUCGGUUCCGGUGUUUGAUGAGGUUGUCCUUUCGCUACAGUUGAUGGACAAAAUCGAGCAGAUCGAUGAGUACUCGGGGAUUCUGGUCUGUCAGGCAGGGUGUGUGCUGGGAACUCUGGAGGAGAAAGCCAACGAGAAGGGACUGGUGAUGCCGCUGGACCUGGGAGCUAAAGGAUCUUGUCACAUUGGCGGGAAUGUUUCCACAAAUGCUGGAGGGUUGAGACUGGUCCGCUAUGGGAACCUUCACGGAUCGGUUCUGGGAGUUGAAGCAGUCACAGCUGAAGGUCGCAUCAUGGACCUGAUGUCCAACUUUAAAAAGGACAACACUGGCUACCAUCUGAAGCAUCUCUUCAUUGGAUCCGAAGGAACGCUCGGAAUUAUCACCCGGCUGUCGAUCUUUUGUCCCACGGCAUCGAAGUCGGUCAACGUAGCUUUUCUGGGGCUGGAAAGCUUUGACGCUGUUAGGAGUACCUUUCUGGCGGCAAAACGGGGUCUCGGAGAAAUUCUUUCGUCGUGCGAGAUGAUCGAUGCCCUGUCGCUGGAGGCUAGCACAACGCAUUUCAAUCUGCAGUCACCGAUCGAAAAGUAUCCUUUCUAUAUGUUAAUCGAGACUUCCGGAAGCAACAUGAAUCACGAUGAGGAGAAGCUAACCAAUUUUCUGGAAUCUUCAAUGGAACAAGGCAUAGUCCUAGACGGUACCGUUACCAACGAACCUACAAAAAUGAGGAACAUCUGGAAGCUCCGUGAACUGAUCGCUGACAGUCUCAUCAACGAUGGCUACUGCUUCAAGUACGACAUUUCGCUUCCGUUGGACAACUUUUACGACAUCGUGCUGGCCGUGCGGGACCGGGUUGGUCCGCUGGCAACCAAGGUCACCGGCUAUGGGCACGUGGGCGAUUCGAACCUUCAUCUGAACGUGUCGUGUGAAAAGUUUACGCCUGAGAUUUACCAACUGUUGGAACCGUUUGUGUACGAGUACACGUCCAAGCUGAGGGGAAGUGUCAGCGCUGAGCACGGGAUCGGGUUCCUCAAGACCAAGUACCUGAAGUACUCGAAGCAGCCGGAAUCGUUGGCGUUGAUGCAGCAGAUGAAGCAGAUGAUGGACCCCAACGGAAUUUUGAACCCCUACAAAGUGCUUCCUCAGGCUUAGAGUUGCGUAUUGUGCAAAUGAGAUUUUUUUCUUGUAUGGAAAUAAAGUGAUAUAAAUUAAUAUUCAAAAAUAAAUAAACAAACAGAUGUGUUGAUAAAA